UCAGCAGCAGCAGGACCAGCACGAUGCGAGUCGCCCUGUUAGUUUUGACUCUUACUGCAGUCUGCAAUAGCAUCGUCCCCGAGAUAGUGGACUCGGGCAUCACUCACAUCGUGGAGGAUAAUUCCGACCAGGGACAAACGGAGCUGGACCGCAUGUUUGUGGCAGUGGAGCAACUGCCCGAGGAUCCGCAGCAAAAGCCCGAGGAUGCGUUUCACCAAAAGAACAACGAGGGUGUCACUCUUAGCCCUAAUCCCAAUAACCUUCCUCCAGGUCAUCACAAUGAGACUUCUAUUGAUAAAGUGACUGAUAAUGAAUCGGUCCAUGAUUCAGAAGAGAAGGAGACAAACAACAUUACUACCACAACUGACCAAUACAGUGACUUGGGAAACAGUAUUUAUCAUGGGUGCAUCACUAAUGAGGAUUGUGGGAAGGGAAGGUAUUGCCAUAAUGUCGUUCACAACUCCAGGUGUCUGCCUUGCAAAGCACUCGAUGUGUCCUGCACUAAAGAUGAGGAGUGCUGUGGUGAACAGCUGUGUGUCUGGGGCCAGUGCAGUCAGAAUGCAACAAAAGGAGAGGCUGGCAGCACUUGUCAGUACCAGACUGACUGCAACCCAGACCUCUGCUGUGCACUUCAUAAAGCCCUGCUCUUCGCCGUCUGCUCAGCCAAGCCCAUUGAGCGUGAGCGCUGCUUUGGCGCCUCCAACCACUUGCUAGAGUUGUUGUCCUGGGACACUCAGGACGAGGGACCCAGGAAACAUUGUCCCUGUGCAGGAGAUCUCCACUGCCAGCACCUGGGGAGAGGGUCCAUGUGCCUUAAAGGAGAGGACUCAAGUGAAGAGGACCUGACGGACACUCUAUACUCGGAAAUAGACUAUAUUAUCUAAACACAGGUUGAUUUGAUUAAUAUUGCCUUGGAAUCAACUAGACUGGGGUCUUCACUGCCUCCAGAGCUUUGCUGCGAAGAGUCACAAUGCUUUGUGUUUGCCAGCUUAAUCCAAAGUGAUAAAGCUAUACAGCAUGGAAAAUGGAUGAAUAUAUAUUUUGUUGUAGUUGCUGUAAUUGAGACCUGAGGUUUCUGAAAAUUUAGAUAUAUAAGGCACCAACAAAAAAACAGGAAACACUGUAUUUGCAAAGAUACUUAACACUAGUUUCUUGGCUGCACCUCUAUAUUUUAACUUAAACCCUUAUCUAAACGUAAUCAUAGCAAACUGAAUACAACUGUAGACACCAAAUAUGUGGAGACUACUCACUUCACUGUUUAAAUUUAGAACAAAGAUAAAAAUAGAACAAAGUUACCUUUGAACUGCCGAGUUUGCAGUCUCACUCCAGUAAAACUGUGUCACAGAAGCAGCCGACAAUACAUUGUUUGGGCAAUUAAGAAUCGUUCCCCAUAACAUUACACCUAGAUUCAUCUGCAGGAUGCUGGCCCUACCAUGAGGCAUCAGCAGAACAUGUGUAGUUAUUUUAUAAAUCUGUUAAAAGAUUCUGUUAACAUUUAGCUGCUGCCAGUGACUAUAGCCUUUGGUCAUAAUGCUAUCUAGGAAGCUACUUUCCCUUCUUGCACAUGUCUGAUAACACCUCUGAGUUGUUUCAGAGUGAAUCUAAUUCUGGCUGCUUGUUGGUAACUAAGCUUUUUUUUUUUUUUUUUUUCCUCUGCACGUUCCCUUUUUCUCUUGUUAUUCCUGAGAAAAUGUUUCGGCAAAUCUUGCUACUUGAUCCUGCUAUAGCUGCUCUGCUACCAAAAAACACUGUCACGUUGUUUGAUUCACUGAGGUUCUGUAUGUUUUUGCCAAGACCUUUUUAUGACAAAGAGAUGACAUGUUACUGUCUGCAUAACGAGAGGAAAUACUGUCCAACAUGCCAUGGUGUGACUUAUCCUGUCGAUAUUGUUUGUACGUUCAUAUAUUUUUCCUUUAUAUAUUAACUUUGAAAUCACUAUAAUUCAGUGGUUCACUGUUGUCCAUGAAGCAGGGCCUCAUAUUCAAUGGGUAUGUGCUAACAAGAACAGAUAAUAUCAGAUAUUUGACCAAAACAGUAACUUAUCUGUUAAAUGUUUUGAUUAAUCUGAUGGCUGACUGUCAGAUAUAAAUGUCUGUGAGAUCAGUGACAGGUACAUGAAAGACCUUGUUGAGGAUAUUAUCAUAACUUUCAAAGUUAUAGGACAGCAAUUAGGGGCUAUUGUGACAGCUCUUGUUGACUGUGCUGAGCCAACAGUGAAAAUGCUACUUGAGACAAGCUUAAACUGUAGCGCUGCUGUAAGAAAUGCAUUUCCUAGCUUUACAAACUUAAAAUAACUGGUUACCUCUUUGCUAGGGAAACAUCUUUACAAUCUAAUGCAGUCAGUUCAGUAGUUUUACAAUCAAUCUGCUUAAAUAGUUUUUUGUUGAUACCGCAUGCAGUUUGUACCAGACGGCAUUACUGUGUAACAAGAGAUGUUUCUAAUAUUGUGUCCCCACUAUGGGCAUCUUAAUGUAAGCUUCAUCACAAAAGGGUAACUAAAAUGCAAUAAAUCUUUCUUCUGACUGCCCUCCUGUGAAUUUUAAAUCAUGAUAUCGUAAACAAAGGUCUCAUCUAGGU